AUGUCGACCAACCAGCUGCUGCUGACGAAGGAGAAGGUGAAGACCAAGACUGCAAUCACGUCGGAACAGUCUCAGAAACUGAUACAGACGAUGCUGACAAUGUCCUUCGGGUGUUUGGCGUUUCUGCGAGGGCUGUUCCCUGAUGACAGUUUCCUGGAUCAAAGGUUUGUGCCGGAGAAAACCGAGAAGAACUACAACAAGGACACUAUCUCCCAAUCUAACUCGAUAAAGAUCAAGACGCUUGUCCGUGGGAAGUCAAAGGAGGUGGACCUGCUGCUGGAUUGGCUGGAAAAGGGGGUUUUCCAGUCAAUCAGAUUGAAGUAUCUCAAGGCUUUGAGUCUGGGUGUGUUUCUUGAUGAGAACAACCCUACGGAACUCUUGGAGAACUAUACUUUCUCCUUUGAAUACGAUGAGGCCAAUAACAUCUCUUUGCAAAUUACCCACGGAGAUGAGAAGGAAAAGCCAAUAUCGCUUCUGGACUCCAGGAGGAUGGUUCAACAACUGAUGAGAAGAUUCAUUAUUAUCACUCAGUCCCUCGAACCACUGCCAGAGAAGAAGUUCUUAAGUAUGAGGCUACUAUUCAAUGAGAACACGGACCCAGAGUACCAACCAAACUUGUUCAGGGACGCUACAAACGAUGAAAGAGCCACUAUCAAAAUUCCAUCACAGACGAACCCAGAUGUUUUAACCGCUGGAACUUUAAACACAAAACAUCACAGAGUCGAUUUGAAAGUGUUGUCUAGUCUGGAGGGCAGAAACGAAUUGAACCCUGAGGAACAGUCCUUCGAUGUAAUCGAUCCAUUUGAACAACUCACAGAUACAUUCGAUCAAUGUUCUCUCAAGGCGGGCUCCCAAUUGGGGGCCCUAGCAGUCGACGAUAGCCAAACUACUAAUCAUUUGGGUGAACUUCUUAAAUCGUCUCAGGGGAGCAUUCUCCCCACACAAUCCGUCACCAGUGAGAGAGACCCUAACAAAACUUGUGAUUGUGCGUUACCUUGUCCACAGGGGGUAACCACAGUAAGGAUCUGUAGAGUAUGUCGCAAAGCAGUCCACGCACUAUGCUAUGGGAAUCCCAGGGGCACCAUUAUCGAUUCCUGUUUUUCGUGUCUAGACGGCGGGGAACUGUCCCUCCCUCAAACUUACUUCAAGGAUUUGAUGAUGCUGAGGAAAUGCUACAAAUUUAUGACCAAAAGCAGAGGCGUGCUACCAAAUACGUUGUCCGCUUUUGUGGAAAAGAUAGUAUGUCAGAGGGAUAUCGAUGAAGAGGUCAAAGAGAGAAUCGCUUUCUGCUUUUCAGUGUUUCUUCAAGACGGUGUACUAGUUUUGCCCGAUGUGCGGGCAAAACAGUCAAGGACAAAUACAAACGAAAUGUUAUUCGAUAUUCCAGGUGUCAUUGAUCCCAAUGGCCAUCCGAUAGAUUCCUCGAAACCUUUAUUCGUGGCAUUCAAAUUUGGAAUCCAAAUAUCCAACGUGUGCUAUUCAGAUGCUUUUGCCAUCUCUAAACAAGAAUUGCAACUCUGGCUCCAAGAUGUUCAAAAUUUAAGACAAAAUCUGGCAGAGUCGUUGCCUUCCUCCUGCGACUUACAGGAGUUGAAUAUUGAAGACAACGAUACAGCGAUCAAGAUCCCCUCUGGGAACAAAAGAAAGCAUCUGGACUUACAGCAGUACUUGAAGACAAACGAUAGUUCUGUGAUCGCGGACACGCUGGAUAUCAACGAAACGACUCUCGUCGAAAAACCCAAGAAAUUCAGAAGAAUUAGUGUCUCUAAGAAAACAUUAAAGAGCGUAUGGUGA